GCUGCUUCGGCCCUGGCGGGCGCCGGAGCCGCCGCCAUGAGCGGGGCCGGGGCCGGGGCGGACCGGCCGUCCCCGGCCAAGCUCCGCCGCUUGGACGAGCCCACCGGGACGGGCCCUGCCGCCGCCGUUACCCGCGGAGAGACGGCCCGUUCCCCCACCCCCGCCGGAGGUCGUGGUGAGGGCCGCAGCGCGCGCGCGCGGGGCGACGGGUCCGGGCAUGCGCGGGGCGGCGGCGGGGACGCGCGCGCGCCCCCUGGCGGCCGCCCGGAGAUCGCGGCUUUGGCCCGGGACGGGCUCGAUACCCCCAAGGACGGGCUGGAGACCCCCGGGGAGGGCACGGGGGGGCCGAAGACCACCAGAGAGGCCAUGGGCAACCCGGAAGCCACCGAGGAGGCCAAGGGCGGCCUGGAGACCACCAUCGCCCACUGCUUGGAGCAAGAAAAAGGGGGCCUGGAGACCACCAGAGAGGUCACAGAGGGCCUGGUGACCACCAGUGGGCUCAAGGUGAGCCUGGAGACCACCGGAGAGACAGUAGAGAGCCUGGAGACCACCAACAGGCUCAAGGGGAGCCUACAGACCAUCAGCAGGUGCAAAGGGAGCCUGGAGACCACCAGUAGCGACUGCUUGGAGCAGGUAAAAGGGGGUUCAGAGACCACCAGAGAGGUCACAGAGGGCCUGGAGACCACCAGUGAGGCCAUGGGGGACCUGGAGAUUGCUGUCCCACACUCCUUGGAGCAGAACAAGGGUGUCGUGGAGACUCCCAUGGAAUCCAAGCGAAGCCUGGAGACCACCAGAGAGGCCACGGGUGGUCUGGAGACCAGCAGGGAGGUCACAGGGAGCCUCGGGACCACCAACGGGCGCAAGGGGAGCCUGGAGACUGCCGUCACUCGCUGCUUGGAGCAAGGGAGAAGGAGCAAGGGGGGCCUAGAGAUCACCACCAAGGUGCUGGGGAGCGUGGAGACUGAUGCUUGCCCUGGUGGGGACCUCAAAAGCACCAGCAGGCGCAAGGCAAAGACGCCGGUGAGGCCCAAGGGGAGUGCAGAGACUGCCAGUACCCAGUGCUUGGAGUGGGAGAGAAGUGGGAAGGGGGGCCUGGAGACCACCAGGGAGGACACGGGCAGCCUGGAGACCACCCUCACUGGCCACGUGAAGCAGGACAGAGAGCAGAAGGGGGGCGUGGAGUCCGCCACGGAGCCCGAGGACAGCCUGGAGCCCACCCCCACGGCCUGUGUGGGGCAGAGCCGGGGUGGCCCCGGGCUCCCAGACCUCGUGGGGGUCCCAGAGCCCGCAGGGGUCCCAGUCCCCAAGGAGCACGUGGCCGAGGAGAGCGCGGUGAUCUCCCUGGGCGAGGACGAGGACGAGGAAGAGGAGGAGGAGCGGGACGAAGGCCCGGCGCGGUACCUGGCGGCGCUGGAGGCCGUGCAGCUGGAGCUGGAGGCUGUGGAGGAGGAGGCGGCUCGGGCCUUCCGCCGCCUCCGCACCCGGUUCUGCCUCCGCCGCCGGCCCCACCUGCAGCGCCGCAACCGCCUGAUCCAGCACAUCCCCGGCUUCUGGGUCACCGCCUUCCUGAACCACCCGCAGCUCUCGGCCAUGAUCAGCGACCGCGACGAGGACGCGCUGAGCUACAUGACGAGUUUGCAGGUGGAGGAGUUUGGCCAGAGCCGCCCCGGGUGCCGCAUCCGCUUCUUCUUCAGCGUCAACCCCUAUUUCCAGAACGACGUCGUGGCCAAGGAGUUCGUGCGCGGCCCCUCCGGUCACCUGGUGUCCCACUCGACCCCGAUCCGGUGGUGGCAGGGGCAGGACCCCCGGUCCCGCUCCCACAAGGGCCCCCCGGCCCCCCGCAGCUUCUUUGCGUGGUUUGGGGACCACAGUUUCCCUGCGGGGGACCGUGUGGCCGAGAUCAUCAAGGAGGAGCUUUGGCCCAACCCGCUGCAGUUUUACCUGCUGGGGGAGGGUGCCGAGGGACCCCCCGACAGUGAGAGUGGCGAGGACUGCGUGGUGAUCCUGGAUGACGACGAGGACGUGCAGGAGAUCCCAGAUGAUGGGGAUGGCAGUGGCGUGGAAGAGGUCCCGACUGAGGAGCCCCCCAACCCCCCCGUGGGACAGAAAGACGCCAACAGGGGCAGAAUCUAAUUGGAGGGGGGGAUUUGGGGGUGCUGCACAUCUCCUCCCCCCCCCGGCAUUGCGGGUAACGAGGGGCUGGGGGCCCCCACCACAGCUCAGGGUGUUUGAAGGCCUUUCACCCCGCCUUCCCCCCAAACCUUUCAUGACUCCCCUCCAGGGACCCCCAAUCUCCCCAGCUCCAGCACCUGGGGGGUUGGGGGUCCCCCUAAAUCCCUCCCCCCCCACCCCCACCACACACAAGGGGAGAAACACAACCAUUUCCUGACCAUUUUUGUACAUUUUGGGUUAAAAACUUGUAAAAUUUUCUUUUUUAUAUCUAAAAAUAUAUUAUAAUAAAGUUUUAACAGUUUCA